UUUGCAAAUGGCGGAUAAACAGAAGAGCAAGAACUAACGAAUGUAAUGAAAUGGCCCCGAAAGAGCCAACACCCCUGGUAAAAGUACAGAAAGAAGCAGAUAAGCUUAAGAAACAGAUUGACAAGCAAGUCAAAGACAGCAAUAAGAUUGCAAGCAAUUCAAAGACAAAAAACGAUGAAGUAAAACUCAAAGAAGCUUUCAAAGGGUGUUUUGAUCUGAUAGAACCUGUAGAAACGCUGUUGGCAGAGGCAGAAGCCCUUGAAGAGGCAAAUGAACCACCAAAGUUUAAAGGUUUUGAAAAUAAGAAGAAACAUGAGACUGUCAGAAUUACCACGUGGAAGGGGCAGCUCGAGACCACCAUGGCAAAGCUACUACCAGAUGAGAAAGGAGCUGACUACUUAAAGGAGCUGAAAGGGGAGGAUGCAGAGGAGGAGGAAGCAGAAGAAGAUGAAGACAGUAAGGAUGAGGAACUAGAGACAACAGAAAUGUUAGACACACAACAAACAGAAUCAGAGGCACCAAAAGCUGGCCCAUCUAAGUCAAAAAAGAAAAAGGAAGAGGAGGAAGAAGAAGAAGAUGAAGAUGAGGAGGAGGAAGAAGAGGAUGAAGAUGAGGAAGAAGAAGAUGAUGAAGAAGAAGAGGAUGAUGAAACAACUAUGAAAACUGAUGCACCAACAAUGAAAACAGAUGUAGAUGAAGACGAAGAGGAAGAAGAUGAUGAAGAAUAUGAGGAGGAGGAAGUUGAAGAAGAAGAGGUAGAAAAUGAGGAAGAAGGCGAAGAGGAAGAAGUUGAAGAAGAGGAAGAGGAGGAAGGAGAGGAAGAGGAAGAGGAAGAAGAGGAGACAGAAACAAAGGAGGAGGAAAGUACGAUGGGCGUGACUGCCGUAGGCCAGCAGUUUGAAGCGAUCAGUGACUUCAAAGGGGAUGCAGAGGGAGAUUUGAGCUUUGUCAAAGGCGACAUCCUGACUAUUGUAGAGACAAGGGAGGAUGGUUGGUGGGAAGCAGAGAAUGAAGCUGGGGACACUGGUGUUGUACCCUCAACUUACCUCAAGAUGCACAACAAAUACAAAGAUAUUCAGAAAGAUGAUGAGGGAGAAGAUGAAGAAGAGGGAGAUGAAAAUGAGCCAGGUACAAGCAGAAGUGGGAAAAAGCUGUGGUCACCAAUCAAGAAGGCGGUAAAGGAGCCUACAACAAGUGUCACAGACGUACUCCAUGCUCUCGGGGCAGUCCCCUCAGGGUUCAGACCCUCCACACUUGGACCAAAGUUCCAUGAUGAGGAGAAGUUCACCAUGAAGAGGUACCUAGUGCCCAAACUAGCCAACUCCAAUCUGGCAUAUGCUGACUUGUUCUUUGAUCCCAAAGUAGGAAAGAUCAGGCCUCGCACCUCUAGGAUAGAGAGGAUAGUGUCUUUGGUGGCCUGUAGGCAGAUUCCUGUGCCAGGGGCAGAUGAGAAAGGGAAGAAAGUAGAACCCAGUCUGGCAAUCAAGGGAAGACAUGUGCGAAUCUGUCUGUUUGAUGGCCAAAAUAUUUUGAGUAAUAUCCACACCAUAAAGGUAGCUGCAGUGGACAAGGAUCAGAGGACGUGGAACUUUAACAACAGGGAAUAUAACCAGAUGGACCCGAUUCAGCAUGCAGAAUUCUUCAUCAGGACGAAUAGUAUAAAUGAAAAUAUAGGAAUCCUGUUUGAGCUCUGUAUGUCCUAUGUGAGAACGAUAAAACAGGAAAAUGAGGAAAAUAGUACAGAGGAAUAUGGAGAGUUUAGCUGUGGCUGGCAUCAUCUCAAAUUGUUAGAGGACAACGGAAAUGUCAAAGGCAACAGAGUAUUUGAUCAGAUGGAGGUCCAUGGUGGUACGCCAUACGAGAAGGGAGUGUUUGUCGACCCAGAAAUAUCCAGAAGAACAAGUUCCAAUGCCUUCAUGACUCUACUUUCGGGAAACAAGCAGCCGAGGCUUCACGUAAAGGUAUCCAUCCCUGGCAAGAAAGACGUCAAGGAUCAGCUACAAACAUUACCUGAUGUGUUCGUCGGAAGUAUGUGUCUGCUGCCGUUCUACUCCUACUACAGACAGAUCCUAGCUGACAAAUUGAUCCGUGACCGCAUUGAUCUGGAUUCUACAGAGUUGAUCCACAGUCCAGUGCUGACCACCUUCCCUAAAGUGGCUGACCAGUGUGAUAUGAUGAAGGUUGUCAGGGAUCUGUGGCAGAAGAAAAUCAAGACUGUUAAGAAAGCAGACUCGAAUUCUAUUUUCCUUCCACCCUAUUUGUCAGUUAUGCGUGACCAUGAAUACAUGAAGAAAUUAUUUGAGGAAGUGAUAAAAGAAUCAGCGUAUCCUCUCUUGCACACAACAACACUUCCGGUGUAUCGGAUAGGCAACCACCAGGCAGAACAGGUGCGCCAGGCGGAGAUUGACAAGUUCUUAAAUCUACGUGACACUCGAGGUGGCAUCCUUCAGCUCCUGCUCUCAUCAGAAAUAGAGUUUUCUCCCUUUGAUACCAAAGAGGUUUCCUUUGACGUGAUAGGGCCUCACUGUUUACAACCCUAGUGACGAAAGAUUGAUGUAGAAUUUUUAGCUCGAAGCAACAUAUGGGACUCAAUAGUCCAAGCAGUACAUGCCAGGAUAGUAGUAUGUGCUAUUGAAUUUUAUUAACAAACUAGUUACGCAAAGUGUUUUUGUAACACAAGUGUCAAAAGGACUAGAAGAAUAAUUCCACGCUACCAGAAGAACGACACCAGCGAUCUCAUGACACUUUGCUGUUACAAAAAUAUGCAAAUGGAAACUAUUAUCAACAGAAAUUUGAUAACGGGGAUUUUCAUGAGGAAACAUUCUAGAGGCGUGUUGCUCUUCUAUAAAGAAACUGAUAAGUUCUUGUCCGUAGUGAAGCAAGUGGUGUAUGAUUUAGUUGAACGAGAUUAACGCCGUCCAGUACAUAAAAAUAUUAAGAUUAUUAUUUAGAAUUAUUUCCUUAUUUUGGUCAAUGAUUGUUUUUAUCGCUUGAGGAAACAAUGUAUAUUAACCUCACACUUUGUCCUUGAUAUUACAUUUUUCCUCGGGUUGAUGAAAUUAUGCAUUGAUAUUAGCAAAAUGUUGUAUAAUACCACUGUAUGUAAGGAGGUGUGACCGUUGAGGAAGGAAGGAGGAAGUUUAUGUAUGAUUUGAGAGUAAGUCAAGCUUCUGUGGUAAAUGUUUCCGAGAAUUUUAAAAGGAAGAUAAAAAGGAAAAUACCGGUUAAAUAAAGAUAAAUAAACAACAAUUUUUCUUUAUAUAAACAGGGGUAAAAGGAGGAAAAUCACUGUCAAUCUUAGCUUUUUCUCAUUUCUGGUUACCAGUAUAAAUGUUGGUAUUCUACAUCUAUUGAAUAUAAAUUUUUAAACAAAGUUCAUAAUUAUGAAAACUAUUUCAUGACUAGAUUAUGAUUCAUUAUGUUGUAAUGAAACAUGUGCUGAAAUUAGGCAGAUCAAAGGCAUAAGGGGACAUACGAGAUAUUAACUUCAUUGAACCAAUGUAAAUUUACUUGAGAGAGAGAGAGAGAGAGAGAGAGACUACAUGCGUGAAUGUUGAUAUUAGUAGAUGUGAGGUAUGAUUAUUUAUUGUUAGAGUGCUCAUCUUGUAUGUGAUAGUAAAAUGCAGUGCAUUUUAUAUUUCAUAAUAAAUUAACAUAAUAU